GUUCUUGGUCAUCUGGGUCUAAUUAAUUCUUCUUAAUUAUCUAAGACCAUUGACUGUAACGUGGUCCACAUCCAUCGCUCCAUUGCUAACUACCAACAUGAUUUUGCAAAAUCCCAAGAUAUCUCGACGACGAUUUCAAAGUCAUCCUUAGACUACCGACUCAUAAUGAUCCCAUAUUCCCAUUGGCCCUAAGUUUACUCUAAAAUCCGCCAAUCUUCGUUCUACAUUUGUCGCCGGAAGACUCAAUCCAUCUCCAUAAAACAAGCACAAGAACCCACAACACAACCGGCAAAUCCCCCCCAACCAAUUGAAAAGCUAGCUUUUUAAAGCCAUGGCCGGCUCCUCUUCCGCCGAAACCAAGCUAGCGACGGCAAAGACGGUUCUCUCCGCGGCAGCCUCCGUGGCAGCCACUGCCAUGCUGGCUCGGUCAAUAGUUCAAGACUUCUUUCCACACGAAAUCCACGACUACCUCUUCUCCGGCGUCCGAAGCUUCUUCAAUCGCUUCUCUUCCCAGCUCACCAUGAUCAUCGACGAGUUUGACGGCCUCGUCAGCAACCAAAUCUACGAGGCGGCGGAGAUUUACUUGGGCAGCAAAAUCUCGCCCAACACGCAGAGGCUGAAGGUCAGCAAGUCCGACAAAGAACACAACUUCACCAUCACCAUGGAAAGCAACGAAGAGAUCUCCGACGUCUUCAACGGCGUUAAUUUCAACUGGGUUUUGGUGUGUCGACAAGUUGAAUCCAAGAACUUCCACAACCCACGCGAUCUCAACUCCACCCUCCGCUCCGAGUUUCGAUCCUUCCAGCUCAGCUUCCACAAGAAGCACAAGGAAAUGGUGUUGAACUCUUAUUUGCCGUACAUUGUGAAGGAGGCGAAGUCGAUGAAUCAAGAGAAAAAAACGCUGAAGAUCUUCACCGUCAGCUACGAGAGCAUGUACGGGAACCUCGCCGACCUGUGGACCUCCACGAACCUUGACCACCCCGCAACUUUCGCAACGCUCGCCAUGGACUCGGAGAUCAAGAGCUUCAUUUUGAAAGAUCUUGAGAGGUUCGUGCAGAGGAAGGACUACUACAGGAAGGUCGGGAAGGCUUGGAAGAGAGGCUACUUGUUGUACGGCCCGCCGGGUACCGGGAAAUCGAGCUUGAUUGCUGCAAUGGCGAACUAUUUGAAUUUUGAUAUCUAUGAUUUGGAGCUUACGGAGAUUGGGUGCAACUCGGAGCUUAGGAGGCUACUCAUUUCAAUGGCGAACAGGUCGAUUCUGGUGGUGGAGGAUAUUGAUUGUACCAUUGAGUUUCAGGAUCGAACGGCUGUGGUCGCAGACCCAUUUUCACGCAAUUCCCAACAGAAACAGGUGACAUUGUCUGGCCUGCUCAAUUUCAUUGAUGGGCUUUGGUCAAGUUGCGGUGAUGAGCGGAUCAUCGUGUUCACCACAAAUCACAAAGAAAAGCUCGACUCGGCACUGUUGCGUCCGGGACGCAUGGACGUCCAUGUUCACAUGUCCUAUUGCACCCCAUGUGGAUUUAGAAUUCUUGUUGCUAAUUAUCUUGGGAUUAAGGAACAUGCACUGUUUGGAGAGAUUGAGGAGUCUAUGGGAACCACCCACGUAACUCCGGCUGAGGUGGCGGAGCAACUGAUUAAGAACGAUGACCCGGACAUAGUACUCAAUGGACUAAUCGAAUUCCUCAAAGUGAAAAGCAAAGAAAACGAGGAAGCCAAGGCCAAAGAGAGUGAAACAGAUCAAGAAGGUAAAGAAAUUGAUCAAAGUGUUAAAGAAGAGAAAGUAGAUAAUGACGAAAAAAGUGACAAUUAGAUUAUUCCAAGUUUAUGAACUUAUAAACUAUGCCUUUCCCCCUCUUUUAAUAAACAAAAAUGAGAUCAUCAACUCUUUGGAAUA